CUACAUCUAGCACAGCUUGGUUGCGUUCAUUCUCUUUGGAUUGUGCCCUCCGUACGGUUAGGAAGCUUGCGGCCUUUGUACCUCUGCGCUCAUCGACUAGUGUGUGAAAGCAACUAAAAAAAAGAUCAGAAGAAAAUGUCGGGAAAGAAGGCUGAUCCCUACGGUUUCGCGAAGGAUUUCUUGGCUGGUGGUAUAUCCGCUGCUGUAUCCAAGACUGCCGUAGCCCCGAUCGAGCGCGUGAAGCUGCUUCUCCAGGUGCAGGCUGCUUCCAAGCAGAUUGCCGUCGACCAGCAGUACAAAGGAAUCAUCGAUUGCUUUGUUCGUAUCCCAAAGGAACAGGGUGCGCUAGCUUUCUGGAGAGGUAAUCUUGCCAACGUGAUCCGGUACUUCCCGACACAGGCGCUCAACUUUGCCUUUAAGGAUGUCUACAAACAGAUCUUCUUGGGCGGAGUUGACAAGAACACCCAGUUUUGGAGGUACUUCCUUGGAAAUUUGGGAUCGGGUGGUGCUGCUGGUGCUACCUCGCUGUGCUUCGUUUACCCGUUGGAUUUCGCUCGUACCCGUCUCGGCGCUGAUGUAGGUCGUGGUGCAGGCCAGCGUGAAUACACCGGUCUGUUGGAUUGUCUUAAAAAGACCGUCAAGUCCGAUGGUAUCGUUGGUCUAUACCGUGGCUUCAACGUCUCGGUCCAAGGUAUUAUCAUCUAUCGUGCUGCCUACUUUGGUUGCUUCGAUACCGCCAAGGGAAUGCUGCCAGAUCCGAAGAACACCUCGAUCUUCGUCUCGUGGGCCAUCGCACAGGUUGUAACAACGGCUUCCGGCAUCAUCUCGUAUCCGUUCGACACCGUCAGAAGACGUAUGAUGAUGCAGUCUGGACGUGCCAAGGCCGAUAUCAUGUACAAGAAUACCUUGGACUGCUGGGUCAAGAUUGGUAAGCAGGAAGGAUCGGGUGCUUUCUUCAAGGGCGCCUUCUCCAACGUCCUGCGUGGUACUGGCGGCGCGUUGGUGCUUGUGUUCUACGAUGAGCUUAAGGCUCUGAUGGGUUAGAUUUAAGUUUAGCUAAAGAUAAAAGGCAAAUCCCAGCUGAGGAAACCAACAAAAACCCUAAUCAAGAUAAGCAGAAAAAAACAGUGGAAACAGUAAAAGCUAUUUAUUUAAACUUUAGAAAAACUCACAAGCAAGACAGCAAGUUGUAUUAGGAUUGACAAAUGAUUCUGAAAUGAUAUUUCAUACCAGCCGGACAACAAUGUUGCUAAAGAUUACAUUAAGACAAACAAGUGAAAGUAGAUGCGCUUUUCGAAUGUAAAAUCGACAACACCACACAUUCCGUACUUUCUACACCAACACGGGUAAUGUGAACACGGAUGCACCGCCGGAGAGUCACUUUGUUGCGUAAUAUCAUUUCAGCCUAUAACCAAGUAUAGCAGGACUCGCGCUAAGAGUUUAAUUAAAUGUUUUGUCGAAGAACACCGAGUACAGCGCCACGUCGUGAUAGAAAUGCCAACCUAUGGGCAUAGUUGCAUCCAACUACGUUAAAGUUGGCAUACUGAACGAAGAUCGAUUCAAUAAAAAAUAGUUACAACCUGAGAGAAUAAA